AAAACGCUCAACUGUCCCGAGUAGCCCCGGUUGACGGUAUUGAAUGUUGUUAAUUAAACAUGAAUAGUGGUAUUAUCUGUUCUUACUGGUCUUAUCUUUCAAAGGCCAUUGCUUCUGAAGAGGUGCGCAAGAAUCAGAUUAAGAAGAACCACCAUGCUCCAAAAAGAUACAUUUCCUUUUUAUAUCAAGAUGAAAGUGGCCGAAUUAAAGUGGAAGAAGAUGACAGUAAUAAGAUGAUUGCUGUCAUGGGGAACAGAAGAAUUAAAAGCAGCCAAGUAACAGGACGAUUUUUCAAGCAGGCUGUACCAAGACGACUGGGCACCAUAAAGAACCCCCACGAAACUGAGAUCCACGUGCACCAUAUUAUUCCGCAAUGUAAAAUCAAGCUGAGCAUCAUUGAAUGGCAAAAACGAAGCACAGAAGAAUUUGACGCAAAUUUGGAGGAGUACCUGAAUUUACCUCCUAUUAGGCAAAUUUUUGUAAAUAGUUUACUAGAGAAAAAAACCAGAGACGGGAAAGUUUUCCUCAAUAAACCAGAGUGCACAGGCAUUAAUCUUUAUAAUGCCAUAUGCUGGUAUCCUAGGAACUUAGUUCGUGGUCCUCACCGUGUUCUACGCAAUAAAGACCCACUAGAAAACUUUGACACCGAAAUUUUUAGUGUACAAAGUGUUAAUUACCAGUAUGCCUGCACAAAGGCAUGGAAUGCCAUCCAAAAUAAUUCAGAAAAUAGUGACAAAGAUUUAUUUAGAAUUUGUGUGGAAGCUUUAGGUGAUUUGGAGAUGCCAGAAGUACGUUGGGUGAAGGGGGAAAAUGGGAAAUAUGAUGCCCAAAAAUAUUAGCUAUGAUACAAGUACACUAAUAUGUUUAAUGGGAAUUUUUAUAGUUGUGGUGUCCAUAAAGAUUGAGAUAAACUCUUCUAUUUUUGUUGUCGUUUCUAUG